AUGGCCAAAGAGCAGGGAUGGAGAGCGAGAAGUGCUUUUAAAUUGUUGCAGAUUAAUGAUGAAUUCCACAUUCUGGACGGUGUCACCAAAGCUGUCGAUUUAUGUGCUGCCCCGGGCAGUUGGAGCCAGGUGCUGUCGAAGCGACUCUUUGAAAAUGGAAAAGACAGGGAUGAUGUCAAAAUCGUUGCCGUCGAUCUCCAGCCGAUGUCACCGAUCGCCGGCGUCACACAAAUUCAAGGUGACAUUACCGACAACUACACAGCUAAGCGAAUUAUCGAUGUUUUCGGAACCUUGGCCGAUCUCGUAGUUUGCGACGGAGCCCCUGACGUUACUGGAUUGCAUUCACUGGACGAGUAUAUGCAAGCGCAGCUUGUGUUGUCAGCUUUAAAUAUCACCACACAUGUACUCAAACUUGGCGGUUCGUUUGUAGCAAAG